AUGUUUUCUAAUUACUUGUUUAAACGUUCAGCGUAUUUAUUAAAAUCGAUCAGAAAGGCUCACACUCAAGGUGAAUAUGUGGGUAACGUCAGGCAUUACUUCUACUUUCUCGAUCACGAAGGACAAUUGUUUUUGGAAGAUGCGAGGAUUAAAAAUUUUACAUCUUGUUACAAAGGUAAUUUUCUAUUUAGUGUUUUUAGUUGGUAAAUUUUUGUUAGUUUUGAUUAUGUUAUUGUAGUAGUGAGACGUUCUCUACUACAAUAUAAAAUUAUUUUUUGAUAAGCUUUUUUCUAUUUUAUAUUAUAGUUUUAUUGUUUUAUCUGAUAUUAUUUCAGAUAAAAAAUUUUUAACUUUUUUCUUAAGACGGCUAGCUCUGAAUAACUCUGGCCAAUACCCAGAGUUUCCCUAUAUCAGUGAAUGUCAAGGUGAACUGAACUUCUUGAAGUGUGAUGAUCGACCUUAUGUGUUCACAACACUGGAUGAGGAAUCGAAUACGUGGAUCGUCAAUAAUUCGAAUAGAAAAGUUGCAUUUGAGGUAAUUUUGAAUGUUUUUUAUUUCUUGGAUAUGUUGAUCUUAUCAUUUCAAGUUGUAUUCAAAUAUCUAUCAAGUGGAAUCAUAAGUUUCAGCCGUCCAAAUUGUGUAUGUUCCCUAACGGUCGCUUGUACCACCCAUCCCCGUUCGAAGCCUAUGGCUUGGUGAGAUCAGCGAUCGCGGAGGCGUUGUUUCGUCGAUUCAGGUUCGGUGACGAUGGGAUUCCAGUGGAGUUCGAGUGGCAGGGCCGGCUGAUAUCACUGACUAACGGAUUGUUGAUUCACCGUGACAAUUAA